UACGUCAGUGUUCAAAGUGUACAUAGCUGCAAGUGAAGUUCUGGCAGCCAUUGUCCAAGUUUUGCGUAUUUAUGUACAUAAAUUUUUGUAUUAAUAUAAUAUUUGUAUAGCGAAUUAGAUUUAGGCGUUUUUAGAAAUUAGCUGUGGGUAAUUUGUCAAUUUUAUCGUCUUGAAAAUGAAUCCAGAAUACGAUUAUUUAUUCAAACUAUUGCUGAUUGGUGAUUCAGGAGUAGGAAAGUCUUGUCUUUUACUUAGAUUUGCUGAUGACACAUACACAGAGAGCUAUAUAAGUACAAUUGGAGUAGAUUUUAAAAUCAGAACUAUUGACCUGGAUGGGAAAACAAUAAAGCUACAAAUUUGGGACACAGCAGGACAAGAACGUUUCAGAACCAUAACGUCCAGUUACUACAGGGGUGCACAUGGAAUCAUUGUAGUCUAUGACUGUACUGACCAGGAUACUUUUAAUAAUGUCAAGCAGUGGUUAGAGGAAAUAGAUCGUUAUGCAUGUGACAAUGUUAAUAAACUCCUAGUUGGGAACAAAAGCGAUUUAACUACAAAGAAAGUUGUCGAUUACACCACAGCAAAAGAGUAUGCAGAUCAGUUAGGCAUUCCAUUUUUAGAAACAUCUGCAAAGAAUGCAACAAAUGUUGAACAGGCAUUUUUGACAAUGGCUGCAGAGAUAAAGAACCGUGUGGGCCCUCCGUCUUCUGCUGUAGAUCAGCCCAAUAAAGUAAAAAUAGACCAAGGUCGCCCCAUUGAAAGCAACAAAUCGGGUUGCUGCUGAAAUACUUAACUGUCCCAGUGGUGUUUUUUUAAAGGUAAUUAAAAAUUGUCUGUUUUAUGUGCUAAAUUCCAAAUUUCCUCAUCUGAAAACAAUUCAUGGAUAUUGUUUGUAUUGUUUUGUAUAGAAAUUCAUAAAGGAUGGAAGUUCUCUUAUUUCUAUAGCUUCGAAGAACAUUUUAAGAUAAGAAUUAGUAAUCCGUCUUGAUCUUACAAAGUUUUCAUUUAUUGGUUUCUUAAUUUUUAGUGAAUUUUCUUACCGAUUUCGUACUUGUUAUUAGUAUAUCAUUAACACCAAUACAUUUAGCCUAAAGUAUCUAAUAUGAUAUAUUGUCAAAAAAGUUAAAUUAUAAUUUUAUUAUUUCCUA